AUGGCUUUAAAAUUGCUUGAAGAAGCUAUCACAAACAGCUUUCUUGAAAAGAUUGAAUUUGACCAAUUAGAAGGAGGAGAAUUUAUUGGCGAAGGUGGAUAUGCAACAUCAUAUCUGCUUGUUCUUGACUAUGCAGAUGGCGGAACCCUUAGAAAUUAUCUGCACUCAAAAAAAAAAGAAUUGAGUUGGCCUGAUAAAAUUAAGCUUUCAACUGAGAUUGCCAAUGGAUUACUAGCUCUACACAAUGCAAAAAUCGUUCAUCAAGACCUAGUAAUACAACGUCCUCCUAUUGAAGCUGUGUUAGAAACUCUUCAAGGUCUAUCGGAUGAUACAGUUAUCGUUAUGAAUGAAGAAAUAAACGGGAAAGAAUAUAAAGAAUACGGUACUUAUGCACAAGUUCGCAAACGUCGACUGGAGAAAAAAUUACCUCCUACAUGCCCUAGUUGUCAACUUGUUUUUGACACUACUGAAGAUUCUGAUCCUUGCAUACACUGCUCAUACAAAUAUUUAAAAAAUGAUUGGGUAAGAUGGACUAGCGGUUAUUCAAAGAUUGAUGAAUGGAUUCACAAGCAACAAGUGCAAUCUUCAAGCAUUAUCAACAAAAAUACAUUGGAGUUUAUUCAAUUUUCAUAUUUUAAAAAUGUAGCAUCCUUUGAUGAAGGUGGUUUUUUUUCAGUGAGUAGUGCUAUUUGGAUGGGUGGUGGAUAUAAGGAAUGGAAUUUCGAAAAAGGUUUAUGGGAUAUUGGAGGUGAAAGAGCCGUGGCGUUGAAAAAGCUUUUUAAGCAAAGUGAAGAAAUUGUGCUUAAAGAACUUAAUGUACAUUUCAUUCUUUCUAGUGAAUUUGUUUGUCAAUUAUACGGAAUUUCGUUAAUAACAUCAACAAGAGAAUUGGUGAUAGUGACGGAAUUAG